ACACAAAAGAACCGCACCCAAACCCUCUCACGCUUCUUCUUCCACCGUCAACACGCACUGUACCGCGACGGAGAAGACAAGAAAAACGCGACAUAACACAAGCCAAACUUCUCACCCGUCUCACCGACCAUGGCAUAGAUUCUUAAUUUCUAUAAAAAAAAACUUCCGACCCACUUCCCCUAUUGUUGGAAAUCGUUUUUGUUCUCUGUAUGGCUGAUCAAAAGUCGUGGUUUUUUUUCAGCUCUAUGGAUUGCUCCGAUGCAAUUCUUGAAACUCCAGCAGCUGCUUACGAGCUGCUCUUCAAGUCGGCCGUCGCGAUACCCUUGCCGCAUUAUUUAGCGGCGGCCCUUUUCUGUUUUGCUGUCGUCUUGUACAAUUUCUUGGAAUUUCAUUUUCUUCAAGAUCUUCUCACUGGAUUUCGCGGGGGCCCCGUUUUCUUGACGUACAAUGCGAGCUCCGACAUUUAUCAUGGGGUUGUGUCGAAGUGUCGGACGCUUCAUGGGAGGUACUUGGCUACACUGUGGCUCUCGAGUCCACAUUUCCAAACUUCUUUUCUAAACUUCUUUGGGAGGCCACCAGUGUUCACCUAUAGAAGGCAGAUGUUUCAUGCAUCUGACGGUGGGACUUUUGCUCUGGAUUGGCUGUUGCAUUCUGAUGUUUCUGGAGUAGCUGUUCAAAAUGAUAAUGUCCUUGCAAAGGAUGAUGCAACUCCUAUUGUUAUUAUGAUUCCUGGACUAACAAGUGAUUCAGCUUCUCCUUACAUGAAACAUCUUGUCUUUGGUACCGCCAAAAAUGGAUUGAAUGUGGUUGUAAGCAAUCAUCGAGGACUGGGUGGUGUCUCAAUUACUACUGAUUGCUUUUAUAAUGCUGGAUGGACCGAAGAUGUACGUGAAGUUAUUAACCACUUACAUAAAGAGUAUUCUGCAGCUCCAUUGUUUGUAGUGGGAACAAGUAUCGGUGCAAACAUUCUGGUAAAAUAUCUUGGAGAGGACGGAGAAAAUGUUCCAAUUGCAGGUGCUGCAGCAGUUUGCUCUCCUUGGGAUCUCUUGAUUGGUUCCAGGUUUAUAUCUCGAAGGCUUAUUCAAAAGUUAUACGACAGAGCUCUUACUAUUGGUCUUCAAGGCUAUGCGCAGCUACAUGAAACUCGAUAUACUCGUCUUGCUAAUUGGGAGGGUAUAAUAAAGUCACGUACCGUUCGGGAUUUUGAUACCCAUGCCACCUGCCUUGUUGGGGAAUACGAGACUGUGGAUACAUACUAUAGACGCUGUAGUAGUUCUGCUUUUAUCGGAAGAGUAUCAGUUCCGUUGCUCUGCAUAAGUGCGUUGGAUGAUCCAGUCUGCACCGUAGAAGCCAUUCCUUGGGAUGAAUGCCGAGCAAAUAAAAAUGUAGUCUUAGCUACAACUCUUCACGGUGGACAUCUCGCAUUCUUUGAAGGCAUAACUGGAUCUCGCCUGUGGUGGGUGAGAGCAGUUAAUGAAUUUCUCGGAGUUUUACUCUCGAGUCCAUACAUGCACAAACAGAACAAGGUGGAAAGUGUCGGGCCUCAUUCUCCUCUUAUGCAAACUUCGAUCGAUCAAGGCCCCUACCUCAACGUAGCUGAUGGAAUGGUGGCUGCAAUGGGGAAUGAGCACACAGAUGGCGAGGAGACAUCCGAAGAGAUCAAAGAUCGCGAUCAUCAGACUGAUCAAACAGUUUCAGUUACAGACAGCCAUGUCUUUGAUGGAAGGAAAUCCGAUAUUGCUACCAACGAUGCUCAAACCUCCGAAGACAAUGCUGGUUUGAAGGGCUCAGGGAUCGUUCGAAGAUGCUUGCACCAACUUUCGCGACAAAGCAACAAAUCCAUCUGGCUGCUUGCUUAUAUAGCCAUCAUGUCAUCCUGGCCUCUAGUCGGAGCUGCACUCGGUUAUCUCUAUAGAAGGAAGUUGAUGAAAGGCUUACCGGGAAGAGGACCAAAAUGAUCGGAAUUCGGACGCAACAGGUUGCGCUGUCGUCUGUAACAAUUAAAGUCUGAUCUCCCUUGAUAAACUCUCUUUGAAAAUGAAACUUGUGCUCUUCAUAGCUUAAUAAGCUUCAAGGAAAGUUUCCUUGAUUUGGUUA